AUGGAGGAUCUUCCUCAGGCUCACCGCCGCUCAGAUGAGGACAUCGAGUGCGAGCGUGCUUUCGCAGACCACCGACGCGCCGCGGACGGACGGUACAUCGUGCGCCUCCCGCUGAAGGGCAGCGGUUCGCUUCUUCUUGGCGACAGUCUUCAGAGCGCCAAGGCCUCCUUGGCAGCCCUGCAACGCCGGCUUCGGCGAAGCCCCGAUAUGGCUGUGGAGUAUAGUCGAUUCAUGGCUGACUAUCUCGCGAUGGGCCACAUGCGCCCGCUCACCAGCGCUGAGCUUGCAGCUACAGCUGGGCCCGUCAACUACAUCCAUCAUCAUGGCAUCUGGCAGCAUGCUGAUCGCGGGCGCAAGCUCCGAGUAGUCUUCAACGCGUCCAACCCGACUUCCAGUGGCCACAGCUUGAAUGACGUCCUCCACGCUGGACCCAGACUCCAAGCCGCGCUCCCAUCGGUGCUCAUGCGCUGGCGGCGGCACCGCAUCGCCUUCUGCAGCGACAUCCGCAUGAUGUUCCGGCAGAUUUGGAUCGACUACCGUGACGUCGACCUGCAGCGGAUCGUCUGGGCUGCCGAUCCCAGCCAGCCUCCAACCCACUACCAGCUGCUCACUGUGACUUACGGCGAAUCGUGCUCGCCUUACCUGUCGCUGCGUACCCUCCAACAGCUAUGCCAGGACGAAGGCCACAACUGGCCCGAAGCUGUGUCAGCCGCCCUGUGUGACCGCUACGCCGACGACUUUCUCUCCGGGGCCGACGACGUCACCGCGGCUCGGCGCCUCCGCGACCAGCUGAGCGGGCUCAUGAAGGCCGGCGGCUUUCCCUUGCGGAAGUGGGUGACCAAUGUCCACGAGCUAAUCGACGAUCUGCCUGACGACGUCCGCUUACGUCUGACCUGGGAGCAGCUCAGCGCUGAAGGCCUCGUCAGCGAGCUCGGGGUCAAGUGGGAUCUACCGUCAGACUGCUUUCAGUUGACACCUCCACCACUCCAGCCGCAGAGCACAAAGCGGACGAUGCUCGCGGCGCUCGCGGGUCUGUUCGACCCAUGCGGCUGGCUCGCGCUGAUCGUGUUAAAUGCCAAGCUCUUGCUUCAGGAUCUCUGGCGCGCCAGACUGGGCUGGGACGAGCCUGCGCCGAUCUCAAUGACUCGCCGAUGGGCGGAAUUUACCGCCGAGCUCCAGGCCAUCUCCACCUUUACCUUACCGCGCUGGAUCGGAGUUGGGCCUUCUUCCGAGCUUCACCUGCACGGCUUUUCGGACGCCAGUCGCCGCGCGAUGGCAGCCGUCACCUACUCUCGCCUCGCGCCCGGGGCUGGGCCGGCGCUCUGCCACAUUCUUCUGGCUCGGACGAAGCUCUCGCCGAUUCGCUCGCUCAAGCUGGCGCCAGAGACAUCCGCGCGCAUGACGAUUCCACGCCUCGAGCUCCGCGCCGCACUGAUUGCCGCNAUAUAA